AUGGCGGAAAUGAGAAACUUUUCCGAAACUUUGAACUCGACUGGAACGAGCGAGGCGUGCAACAGAAACUAUGUCGAGAUGUUCACAUUCUUACUUGCGACUAUCGUAAGUUUCGUAUCAAAUGGCGCAUUCUCCAUGGCGCUUGGUAAACUGCACGCGCCGAAGGAGAACAAAUUCCAUCUGGUUGUGAAAAUGUUUUCAGUCAGCAACACUCUAGUGGUGGCGCCAUUGCUGCCCAGUUCGAUUGCAUCUUACGUGAACUGUCAUUGGAUUGGCGGGUACACAACAUGCGCUGUAACGGGAGUGAUUUCAGCGACAUUCCUAGGAUGGUCAGUGUUAUUAAUGCUUAUCUUAUGCUUCUAUCGUUAUCUGGCGAUAUGUAAACCGUUCUACUACCGAACAAGGCUCACACCUAAACGUACCAAGGUGAUAAUGAGCCUAGCUUUUCUAUGGAGUUCAGCACAUUUAAGCCUUCCCCUGUUUGGGCUCGGGCGAUUUCGUGUUCGCACAAAAGGCUGGUACUGUUCAAUCGACCUGGUGUCCGAGGAUUCCACUGAUCUUUUAGUGGUCUAUUUUAUUAUAGCCGAAGGCAUUUUGUACACGCUUGUUUUGGCGUAUCUGUACAUGACUGUACGUAAGGUUGUGAACACCGAAAGGCGGGCAUCGAUGCAAUUGUCGCCUGAGCAGUCCCGAGGGGCGAACGUCAUUGUUAUCGGACGCAAACGAGACGAAUUCGCUCGGAUGACUUUACUCAUUGCAGUUGUGUAUUGGAUAUGUUCCUUUCCAUAUUUGGUAAGUACCAAGGCUAGUCCCCCAGAAUGCCUGAUCGCAGGUUACAAAGGCUAG